AUGAUCAGCACAUUGAGAGUAUCCCCCAUUGGCCUUGCCACUGCCUCCAAGGCCAUAUUUUGCUUUCCACCACAUCGCCAUUACCACUCGCACCAACAUCCGUCACCUGCGCCCCCAUUCACCCCAACAGAAUCAUCAAUACUCGCUGCCGCUCUCCGCCAUGUCCCUUCACAUGGGUUUUCGACCACGACAUUGUCUCUUGGUGCUCGUGAUGUCGGAUAUCUCGACAUUUCAACUAACUUGUUCCCCCGGGGUGUAUUCGACCUUGUAAACUACCACCUCGUUACCGAACGGCUACGAUUAAGUCAGAAAAUCGACUUUAGUAAAUUUGAAGAUGGCACAAAGCGUCUCAGUACUCCAGCAAAGAUUCGAGUUCUCUGUGUGGAACGACUGAGAGCAAACUCCCCGUUAAUAAACCGAUGGCAAGAGGCGUUGGGACUCAUGUCGCUAGCAGGAAACAUACCCGCUUCCGUCUCUGAAUUAGCAAAGCUGUCCGACGAGAUGUGGUUUCUUGCCGGAGAUGAUAGUCACGACAUGAAUUGGUAUACUAAGAGAGCAACACUCUCCGGAGUCUACGCCAGUACUGAGCUUUUUAUGACGCAGGAUACGUCGCCAGAUUUCGAGGAGACCUGGAAGUUUCUCGACCGGAGGUUAAACGACGUAAAGUCGCUCGGGAGCUCUGUUUCUAACAUCAGCUCGUACCUUGGUUUUACCGCCCACGCUUUCUCGAAUGUUCUCCGCUCGAAAAGCGUCCCUUUCUUUUAA